AUGGCUUGUAAUAAUGAAAUUGAAACUAGAGUUUACCAGGCUGCUCGUGACGGUUCUGCUCAGGAUCUGACAGAUAUUUUAGAGAGGCUGAACGUCGACGAAAGGACAACUGCUUUGGAAACAAAGACAAAAGAUGGCGACGACCUUGCCACUCCUUACAUCAUUGCUGCUCGUAAUGGACACUUGGAUUCUGUAAAGAUUCUUCUAAGAUACAAAGCAAAUAUUGAAGCCCGAGGAACUUUGAAAGUCAGCAUCGGUGAUUAUACAGAGAUUACCGAGGGCUGUACAGCUUUAUGGGCCACUGCUGCAUAUGGUCAUCUCAAUGUUAUGAGACUGUUGAUCGAACAAAACGCCGAGGUCGACUGUAGAACGUCGGCGGGUUCAACUCCCUUGAGGGCUGCUGCCUUCUAUGGAUGGCUAAAUAUUGUGGAUUAUUUGGUUGAGAACGGGGCCGAUAUAAAUGCACGCAAAAAUCGCGAUACUACCCUUCCAAUGGCAACCUGUUACAAUGGCCACAUGGAUGUUGCUUCUUAUCUUGUCGAACAUGGCGCAGAUAUACAUCUACAGGACACUCGUGGAAACACAUGUCUUUACUAUGCUGCAAAAGGAAAACACGUUGAGAUAGCUGGUAAGCUGCUUGCUUCAGGUGCGAUGCAAAACCAAAAUCGUCAACGUUUUAAGCUACUUCUUAAAGCUUGUGAUGAUUGUAACAUUGAAAUGGUGGAUUGUUUCAUCAACCGACCAGAAUGUACAAAGAAACAAAGAAAUGAUGCUCUUGAGCUUCUUGGUGCCACGAUUGCUAAUGAUCCCGAUGCUUAUGACAUUGAAAAAGCAUUUAGUUUCAUGAAGCGAGGAAUGGAGGAGAUGUAUGAGGACCCGUCAUGUCCAUUGCUUAAAGAGGAAAUUAAACCAGUAGAAGCUUAUGAAAAUAGAGCAGAAAGUCAAACUCUCGAGGAACUUUCUCUGUUAUCAGUUGAUGAUCAUGCCAUCCACAUGGAAGGACUCAUAAUCAGAGAGAGAAUCCUGGCAGCUGAUUAUACAGUACUUCUAUACGCAGUCAGAUACCGCGGAAAUGAGUUAGCUGCCGCCGAGCAGUACGAACUCUGUAUUGGUUUGUGGACACGAGAAAUGGAGAUAGGUAUGAACUGCGACGCUCCAGAAACAGAGGGGCUUGAAUUCCUCACAGGUACAUUUGCAAGAAUUAUGCUUCAAAAUGGACACAAUGUCAGUCCACAAGAUAUCGAGAAAGUUUUCGAAAUACUGGUCGAUGGAAAUAAGAAAGUGACAGAAGAGUGGAAGUCCGGAAAAUUACAACCUGAAGGAAAUACUCUUCUGCACUUGGCUGUACAGCAUAAAACUCCAGUUUGCAAGAAUCAAGUGCAAAGAAUGUGCAAGCUUCCCUGUCUAGAGACCAUGAAGCUAAUUUUACAUGCAGGGUGUCAUGUAAAUGCCAUUAACACAGAAGGAGACACUCACCUUCAUUUAGCCGUGACUUUCGUACCAGGACCUGAAAAGGUAGAAAGUUUGAAAGAAAUGCUGGAGUUGUUAUUAGAAAUCGGCUCAGAUACUAAGGUUGUUAACAAGAAUGGUCAAACAGCAAUUGACUGCUGCAAGACUGACGAGGCCCGCAGGAUCCUGUCCGCGAGAAGAGGACUGGGUGCCAAGAACGUCGACGCCCGAAAGGUAGGGAAAGUUUCGAGGUUUGCCUUAAAUCAUCACCUUAGGUAUCGUUACAAGAUGAAGGAAUGA